AUUCUUGUGUUGUCAUCCCGUCGAGUGGCUGAGCUCGAUGGUGUAUGUGUACGCAGGGCGGAUUGGCCACCACACACAAUGCGACUCUAGCGACGACUGUGUUGCUUUUUCUUCGUUCUAGAACAUUGUGGAGCAUUGUUCUCCUUCAGCGCAUCGAACAAAGAUCUUUUGAGUACCCAAAGAUCAAGGGACCGUAUAUUUCAAACGGAGGCUAGCUUCCAGGCUACCGGCUAACGCCUUAUUAGCUAUGGAGGAAAGGAAGGAGGAGGGGGAAGCCGAGAUCCAGGGGCACGGCCCGGAGCACUGGUUCUCCAAGUGGGAACGCCAGUGCCUGGCCGUGGCAGAUCAGAACGAGCCGAGCGACGAGGAGACUGAACAGAACCAACAGAAGCUGUGGCACCUCUUCCAGAACUCGGCCACCGCGGUGGCCCAGCUCUACAAAGACAGAGAAUGUCAACAACAAGGCCUUUCUCUCUGGGUGCCCUUCCAGAACGCAGCCACCGCCGUCACUAACAUGUACAAAGAGAGCAUGGAGGCCCGCCAGCGCAGCUACGACCUGGGCAUCCAGAUAGGCUACCAGCGCAGGAACAAGGAGGUGAUCGCCUGGGUGAAGAAGCGCCGGCGAACCAUCCGACGGGAGGACCUUAUCAGCUUCCUGUGCGGGAAGAUCCCCCCUCCACGGACACCUCGGGCCCCGACCCGAGGUGCCAUGGUGACCGCCAGCCGGCCGCCUCCGCCGGAGACCGGCAGCUCUGUGGAGACGGACCUGCAGCCCUUCAGGGAGGCCAUAGCCCUGCACGGCCUCAGCGGUGCCAUGGCCAGCAUUUCCGUCCGCUCCGGACCGCCCGGCUCACCCACCCACCCCGCGCAGUCCCUGGGCCGGCGCAGGAAUGGCCUGCACGAUGUCGACCUCAACACGUUUAUCGCUGAGGAGAUGGCGCUCCACUUGGAUUCCACUGCCAACCGCAAGCGAGGCCCCACCCCCUGCAGUGACGUCAUCACAGACUCGCCCACUCAUAAACGGAACCGGAUGCUCUGAGCCACCCCCCCACUCCCCCCACCCUUGCCUCCCACGAGGCCCACUUGUUGGACAGCCGAUGAGAACUGAACCUCGGCUCGCCGCCAAAGCGUCAUCCUAGCUGCAUUGCUACGUGUAAUAAAAAGUCAAAUAUUACAACACACUUUUUUCCUCUCCUGCUCUAUUUUGUUACUCACUCACGUGACUUGUUCUCUUAUUUACUUCCUGUUUGCUUAGAGCAAGCGCCACCAUUUCUAAAGCGCACAUUUCAUUUGUACAUCCGCCUUCCUCCGUGAGAGCCGGAGCUGAUCUGAGUCUCGUGUGGAAGGCCAUAUUGCCGUUCCAAAUGUUAGCCAUCAGAGUGCUUGCAUCCCAACGGGCCGCGUCCUCCUCGUCCCCUGCCUUUUAGACGGCCACUACACUCGCUGUGUUUUGGAUGCAAGUUGACUCCUGCUUUCGGGUCACAAAGCCGUCGCUCAGAACCGUCAUCAACCUUCCUAACAGAAUCUGCACUCUUUAUGUUUACACUCAGACUGAUCAGUUCCAUGUUUACAUUGAGGCCCACACAGGAAGACUUUCAAUCAUUUCCAACAAGGCUUGCAAUGCUUUUUUUGUUUUGGAAAAAUCACACUGCUUUGUGAUACAAUCUUUAUGUAAUGUGUGUAAAUAAAGACGUAGGUGCUGUUAUUAUGUGGUAAAUAUUGUAAAAAAUAAAAAAAAACAAGCAAAAAUAAACACGUGCAAAUGAAUCAUGUACAAUAACCAUUAUGACAAUAAAGGAACUACAACUAUUUCACAAACCUCAGUUUU